GGUGUGGGACCUAGGCUACGGCUUCACCCUCCGCACCCUCUACCAGACGGGCUAUGCGGUCGUUGGAAUCUCCCUGGCACUGGCCCUGGUCGCAGCUGCUCUCUAAAGGAGAGAGAAGAAAAAUGCCAAGAAGAGAGAGCAGGACAAGGAGGGAUUGGGGUGUGAAGGAGACAGAAGGAAGAGGGAUACAAAAAGCGAAGAUAGAGGAUAAAAAAGAGAAGAGGAAAAGAAAUAGGCAGGAAUGAGGUAGACUAGGGGUUAAAGGAUUGCGAGAGAGGAAAAAGAUAAGGAUAGGGGAGGAGAAUUACAUACAAGAAAAAGAGUAAGAGAGUUGGAUAAAGGACUAAGAAACAGAAGAGGAAAAGAAAAAAGUAGGAAUUUUAUCUUAUUUUUUCUUCUGUUUCUCUUUUCUAGUGUUUUAGAAAAAGGAAGAGGAAAAAAAUUUAUGAUAAUUUUUAAGAAAGACUGUACAUAUGUUAUCAAAUAAAUAAUUACUUUAAUGUA